AAGGAAAGUCUGCUGGAGGGAAGUAUUGUACUUUAGAGGAACUGGACUUAGAAGAUCAGAUGAUAUUCUGACUUCUUUUCUUCCUUUCAAUUGUGACCAAUUCUUGGAUACAAGGCAUGUAUGAAGUUGUGUGCUGUGUUUACUAUGGCAUCAGUGAUACCGUCAUUUACCUUCAAGGAGUUUUGCCCCUUGUAUUACCUUCUCAAUGCCAUUCCCACAAAAAUCCAAAAAGGAUUUCGUUCCAUUGUGGUUUACUUGACUGCACUUGACACUAAUGAGGACUACAUAGCGGUUGGCAGUAGUAUUGGCAUGCUGUAUUUGUACUGCAGGCAUUUGAAUCACAUGAAAAAAUACAAUUUUGAGGGGAAGAAUGAAUCCAUUACCGUUGUGAAACUCUUAAACUGCUUUGAUGAUCUUGUUGCAGUGGGAACAGUUUCAGGCAAGAUUGCUAUUUUUCAGCUUGUUUCUUCAUUACCUGGGAGAAACAAACAACUUCGGAGAUUUAAUGUGUCUGGUUUUCACAAAAGUAGCAUUACAGCCUUGGCAUGGAGUCCUAAUGGAAUGAAAUUAUUUUCUGGGGAUGAUCGAGGGAAAAUAGUUUAUUCUGCUUUGGAUUUAGAUCAGGGUCUUUGCAAUUCCAGUUUGAUAUUGGAAGAACCAUCUUCAAUCGUACAGCUAGAGUAUAGCCAGAAAGUAUUGUUGAUCUCCACUUUACAACGAACUGUACUUUUCUAUACCGAAGAAAAAUCUGUCAAACAAGUUGGAACUCAACCCAGAAAAACUACAGGCAAAUUUGGUGCCUGCUUUAUACCUGGGCUACGUAAACAAAGUGACCUAAUGCUCUUUGCUGCAAGGCCUGGGGUUCGCCUUUGGAAAUCAGAUGUUCAUGGGACGGUUCAAGCCACCUAUCUUUUGAAAGAUGUAUUUGCUGCUGGAAUGAAGCCUUUUGAAUUAUAUCCCCGAGCGAACUCCUUUAACAAGAGCAGCUGUAAUUUCCCAGAAAGACAGUUUGGAUUCAUUUCCUGCUUUUCCCAAGAAGGAUGGGUAAUGAGCUGGAAUGAAUAUAGCAUUUAUGUGUUAGACACAGUAAACCAGACCAUGAUUGGGAGUUUGGAAGGAUGUGGUGAUAUAGUAUCUGUGUCCUGUACCGAAAAUGAGAUAUUCCUUUUAAAGGGAGACAGGGAUAUCAUUAGAAUCUCAAGCAAACCUGAAGGAUUGGUGUCAAUAGAUAUUAAUUCUCAAGCUUGGACCAGCUUGGAAUCUGAUUUGAGCCCCAAAUUAGAAAGGCCACAUUUAGUAAUUGCUUCAGUCUCAUGUGAUCCCUUUCCAGAAGCAAACCCAAAAUCAAGUAAUUUCUCCUCACCCCAAACACCUAAUGACAAAAAUGGCUUCAUAGGAAGAGCUGACCAGGAAGUAGCAUUGAUAGCACAGAAAAUUCGCUCACAGAGCUUUGAUGCAUUGGGGGACUUGAGCACUGACCCAAGAAGAAGAGGCAACUCUGUAGUCAGUGAAUCAAGAAGCAGAAGCAGCUCUAUGAAUUCUGUGGACAGUGGCUCCAGUUCCUUGACCAAUGGGGAUCAAACAUCAUCAGAAAUACAGAGAGUGGAUCAACAAAUUUCACAAAGGUUGAGCCUGAUCAGCUCAGAAGAUUUCAACCAGGAACUGAUUAUAAAACCAAUCAAAGUGAAAAAGAAGAAAAAGAAAAGGCCAGAAAAUGGCUCCAGGAGAAAUCCUACCUCUUUAGAAAGCACACCCUCUUAUGAACAGCAAGCCUUCACUGAUAGUUUUCAGAUACUAAAUUUGAAAUCAUGCUCCAUUAGUUCUAGCCUCCAAGGCAGCACCACAGACUGUUUAAGCAUCUGUUCCGCAGAACAGGAAAGUAUGUUCAGUAUGGAAACACAAAACGAUACUGAAACAUUCAGUGUACUUCAGUCUCUGGAGUCAAUAGUUGCUCUAACACCUGAUGACAACAAGGACACACAAGAACUGCUAAAACUUUCUAAUUGUAAGAAUGAAGAAGAUGCAUCGGAUGUUACGAAUUCCUGCUUGCUUGUUGUGGAGAAUAAAAUGAGUAGUGAUCAUAGUGAACACAACUGGAACCCCCUGUCUGAAAAACUAGAAACCAGCCCAAAAUAUAUUAUUCCAAAUGAAGACAAUUUUCCUCUCCUACAUAAAACGGAAUGCACUUUAGAUGAAUUACGUCUGCCGAGUAAUUCAGCUUCCCUACAAGAGACCAACUCUGCACAAGGAACAUCUGUAAAUAGGGACACAUCUUUUUGCACUGACAAAUUGUUUGUUCAGAGUGAGGUUGUUGAGGUAAUGGAGCAGCAACCAUUUUUACGAUCCACAGUCCCUGGGAAUCCUGAACAUAAUCCUGCUGUUUCUGAAAAAGAAAUAAAUCCUCAAGAGAGGAUGCUACCUGGACUGGAUUUCAAAGAAAGAGUCAUCACUGACUAUGCCAGUGAGUGGAUGAGUAACUCUCAGACUGGUAGAGCUGAGAGAUAUGCAUCAAGUGAUGAAGAGGAUAUCUACGGGCAUGGCUUGAUUUAUUCAUCUUCAGAGACAAAUGUGACAGAAAUGGGAGCCUGCCAUCUUCCACGGGAUAAAGUCAAGUCAAAUGUUGAGAAGGAGACUCUUUCAAAAUCUGACCAGUUUGCAGAAAGCUGGAUGGGAUAUGCAGGUCCUGGCUAUGGAAUACUCAGCCUAGUUGUGUCUGAUAAAUACAUUUGGUGCUUGGAUUACAAAGGUGGCCUGUAUUGUAGUGCGUUACCUAGUGCUGGGUUGCGUUGGCAGAAAUUUGAAGAUAACGUCCAGCAGAUGGCAGUCUCUCCUUCAGGGACUCUUUUAUGGAAGAUUGAGCAAAAAACCAAUAAAGCUUUUGCUUGUGGUAAAGUAACUAUCAGAGGAAAACGUCACUGGUAUGAAGCUUUACCUCAAGCAGCAUUUGUAUCCUUGAGUGAUGAUACAGCCUGGAUAAUUCGAACAAAUGGUGAUCUGUAUCUACAGACAGGCCUCAGUGUGGAUCGUCCCUGUGCCAGGGCGGUAAAAGUAGACUGUCCAUAUCAACUAUCACAGAUUACAGCCAGAAAUAAUAUAAUUUGGGCACUAACGGAGCAGCGUGUGCUUCUCUUUCGUGAAGGUGUAAGCAGUUUCUGUCCUGAAGGAGAGCAUUGGAAAUGUGAUAUCAUAAGUGAAAUGCAAGGUCUAGAGCCAGUGUGUAUUACUCUUGGAGACCAGCAGACCAUCUGGAUUUUAGAUAUUCAUGGAAAUCUAUGGUUUAGAACUGGUGUUGUUUCAAAGAAGCCACAAGGGGACAACAACCACUGGUGGCAAGUAAGCAUUACUGAUUAUGUUGUGUUUGACCAGUGCAGCCUUUUCCAGACAAUAAUCCAUGCAACACAAACAGUAGCAACAGCAGCCCAGGCUCCUGUUGAGAAAGUGGCAGACAAACUGCGCACAACUUUCUGGUCACAACAACUUCAGUGUCAACCAAGCCUACUUGCAGUCAAUAGCAGCGGUGUUUGGAUUUCCUCUGGGAAGAAUGAAUUUCAUGUAGCAAAGGGAAACCUCAUAGGUACAUAUUGGAAUAAUGUUGUGCCUCGGGGCACUGCUUCAGCUACAAAAUGGGCUUUUGUGUUAGCUUCUGCAGCUCCAACAAAAGAAGGAAGUUUCUUAUGGUUGUCCCAAAAUAGCAAGGAUCUCUUUUGUGUUGGUGAUCAGAAUCCUCAGUUCCAUCCUUCAACAGUUCAGCUCCCUUCUGAUAAUGAAAUGGUAUAUUAUUCAGCUUGCCGGGAUGCAAUAUGGAGCUUGAAUAAUCUGGGGCAGGUCUUCAUAAGGACACUUUCACCAAAUUGCCCAACAGGAAUGCACUGGACCAAACUGGACCUUACUCAAUUAGGUGCUGUAAAACUUAUAAGCUUAGCAUGUGGAAAUCAGCACAUCUGGGCCUGUGACAGCUGUGGUGGGAUUUAUUUCAGAGUUGGAACUCAGCCUCUGAAUCCAAAUUUGAUGCUGCCUGCAUGGAUAAUGAUCGAGCCUCCCAUCCAGGCAGCCGGAGUUCACUUGAUCAGAGUGUACUCCAGUCCUAAUGAUCAGAGUCUGUGGGCCAUUGACAACAAAUGGAACAUUCAUGUGCGCACUGGAAUUACAGAGGAGAUGCCAGUAGGCACAGAUUGGGACCAGGUUCCAGGGCUUCAGGCAAGUGAGUUGGUAAUAAGCAUGAAGACUGUAUGGGCACGUUGUCCAAAUGGAGAUAUAGCACGGCGAUAUGGAAUCACAGAUAAAAACCCUGCAGGUGAUUAUUGGAAGAAGAUUCCAGGAAAUGUUUCUUGUUUGGCAGUUACACAUCUAGAUGAAUUAUGGGCAAUUGGUCCUUCAGGAAAUCUCAUUCACCGGCUCACAAAGACAUUCCAGCAUUCUCAUAACAUGCAGAAACACAAUGAUGCUUCUAUAUCGUUUCACUCUGAUGAUUUUGAGGAUGAGUGGGAAGUGAUAUAAAGUGAAUAACAGUAAAUAAGUAAGAACACAUCCUUGGGAAUCCUGUCACUUGGGAAAUGCCAAGCUUUUGAAGCCACAAACAUUUUAUAACAUUACCUUUUUGAGAUAUAGGAGACUAAUUUAUACAGUAGUCCUCAAAUUGUUUAGUGAAAUGUCUUGUUCAGUAUAUCUCAGGUGAGGCAGGCAAUGCAGCUUAAAGAAAUUGUGAACUUAUCUUUAUUCUAGAAGUUGUACUUUGACUAUAAUGUAUCAGUUUAACCUCAUUAACAGCAAAAUGAAUUUGGUGUAGCAUGCAAGCUAAUGUCUGUACUAUAUAGGAAGAAUUUCUGUUAUAUUAUCUAUUUCUCAGCUGCUGAAAAAUACUAUUUAGUUUUUAAUCUUGGACAUUAAUCUCUUAGGAAAAAAUGGGUAUGCCUUUAAUAGAAAGGAAUAAAAUACUGUAUUUUUUUUUUCAGUGGAAAGAGCUGCAUAGUUUAGUGCUCAAAUUAAAGUUUCAUUAUAACUUUCAGAGCUCUGUUGAAUUUUUUUGCUCUGAUUAACUGGGCUAAAAGCAUUAAUAAGCAUUCCCCUUAUUCUUCCCUAACUUUGAGUCUCUUGUGAAAUGAGAUUAUAACUGUCCAAAUUCCCAGCCAUGUGUAACGUGUUGAUGGAGACUUGUGGACAUUUUGGUUGUAAGGUAUCUUGGAGGGCUUCCGGUUGGGGGAGCUUGCCUUACAUGUUUUUCCAAACAAUUCAAGCUUUUGUUCCACAGAUAACUAUGAGAGCUAAACACAACAUUAUAAGCCAUUUCAAUAAAAUGAGGGUGGCUCUGUGGGUAAGAUUCAGUACCGCAUUUAGCCUGACAGAAUUAAGCCUGUGUUCAGGGUAGGUUCUGUAUUUCCUUUUGUAUCAUAAUUUAUAAUCAAAUCUAACUAUAGUACUAAAGAAGCUUAUCCCAAAAGAAAGGUUGUGGUAUGCAUCAGGAUUUGCCUUUAUAAUAGGAAAUUUUAGCUACAUUAGCUAAACCUUGCAAUGUCUUAUAUUUAAAAUGUUUACAGCAGAGAUGCUUAAAUGUAUAAUUUAACUGAUCACUGCAGCUUAUGUGUCAUAAUUAUUGAAUUUCUUAAGAACACUGUAAAACAAAACGUAAUCCCAAUAGUUUUCAUUUAUAGUACUUUUUAAUAUAUAAGUAUAUUUAUGUGAGACCUGAAUAUUUGAAGCAACUAUUAUUGAAUCUGCAAAUGAGCUAACUGAAGUGAUACUGGAUGAACCUGGGUGGAGAUAAUGAGAUUUUUUUCUUUCUUUCUAAAACUGCCUGAUACAACCCUGUAUCGGUGGAAUAUCCACAUAAGAACUAAUUUUGGCACCAUAGAGAUGCUUAUUAGCAGCAGCACUUGUAUGAUCAAUGCUAUGUUCUUGGUUGAUUCUUUUAUUUUGGAGUGACCAAGUGGCUACAUUUGUUUUAUUCUGAGAUCUCAUCUAUUUGAGUCAGCCUCUGAGGAUUUUUGUAAUUAACUAGCUGUCCAUCUAUUCCUAGUUCAAUUGGUGUAUUACUUUAGAAGUCCUUUGACAACUGGGAUUCCAAUGUCAUCACUUCUCUGAAGUCCAGAAAUUUUGAGCAAAUGGAGUGGCCCCAUGGUGCAUUUCUGGACAAAUAUUCAUACUCUAAUAAUGAAAAAAUGACACACUUGCAUUUGUGUGCACCCAAAAAUAUGUAUGAAUGUUUGCAUGUAUAUAAACACAAUAACACUUUUAAAAAUGCGCCCCUCUUUCAUUAAUUACUUAGUUUGCUAGAUGUUUAUACAGUGCAAAAUAGUGUGAUUGACUUGAUUCAUAAAUAUGAAUUGGUGUUGACAGCUCUUCUAAGCCCAAUGAGUUCUUUUGUAUCUUCUAACAGUCUGAAAUGUUUACCAUUAUAGUUUCACUUCCAUAGACUUGUGGUUUUUCCCAUAAGCUUUCAGAUAAGUGCAAUAAACUAGUUUUUUUU